AUGAUGACCUUUUAUGACGAUACUGAUAAACCCGACGCUGUCGCCGGUGACGAUUUUCAGCUACAUAAACCCGCUUCACGAGCGUCUACGUUGGGUAUAUCAUCAAACACGUUUUCUCGUCCGCUGCGAGCUCAGCCCGAUGCCCUUCAACGCGCCCAUACUAUAACACAACCGGCCUCCGCCAAACGAACAGGCAGAGCAAUGGCAACGGACCGAGGGCGAAAACCGCACCAAAGAGCUUCAUCGCUCCUUCGAUUAAAGACCAGUGGUAAUGAUAACCUACCUCAAAGAUUGUUGGCGCAUGAUUUGGCAUCAGCUAGCCGGAUUGACAACACCUUCGCGGUCGCCAAUGUGGGCAAUAAUGGAAAGCUUUACCUGAGACCGUUAGUCGAAUCAGGCUCCCGGCGUCACCAUGGCAAAUCCCUGUCGAAACUGAGUCCACCCGCUCCGGUCAACGUUACGAGGCAACCUCCACCCAGACCAAUAACCGGCCCCGACUCUAGACACAGUAUUUUAUCAUCGUCUCAAUUUUCCGAACUCCAUCCCAAAUUUGCGCGUGAAGAAAUAACAGAGGUCAAUGACGAUGCUGACGAUACUGAGCUCCGACGUAGGAGAGCUCAUUCUUUCUCUACCAUCUCCGAGUACGAUCAAUCUGAAACGGGCGAUGAGUUCCGGAUAGUAAUUGACCGUCUCGACACUCACGAGGCGGCUGACAUUACAUCUCAGCCUCCUUUACAUGUACCUAUCCCUCAUUAUCGCCUGGGAUCACUGCAAUUCAAUGCCGAUGGGACGCCAGUUUUGCGAAGUUCAGUUUACACUCACACAUCGGAUAACACCAACCCCUCUGUAUACCUGAAAGAUAGUACCGGUAACACUGGCCAAAACCGUAUACCAUCAACCUACGAUUCUCCUGGUCUGUCACAUCCUGUGGGGACGCUUUCAGCAGCAAUGUCAUUAUUUUCUGGCGUCGCACCGUCUGCCACGAAAGCGAGGAACUCAAAUUCAACUUACCGUUCCGGCAUGUACUCUGUACGGCAUCCAAUUGAGCCUUCUAUUUUUGAUGUGCUCGCCGAAAACAUGGAUGAUCCAGCUUUGGUCAAAUACCUUCCCGGCACUGCGGACAUCAGUGCUGCUACACCUGCGCGUAUAGUCGCCCAGAUUUCAUCUGAAGCAUUCAUGGACUAUGAAUUGGUGUCCGACUUUUUCUUAACUUUUCGCUCAUACCUUUCGACGACAGAUCUGCUGGGAUUGUUGCUGGCACGGCUGGAGUGGGCUAUUAAGAGAUUACAACCCGAUGGUCGGAUUAUUCGCAUUCGAACGUUUGCGGCCUUGCGACACUGGAUUCUCAACUAUUUUGUCGAUGAUUUUGUCAGUAAUUGGGAUUUAAGGGCCCAAUUUUGCGAUACAAUCAAUCGCAUGUACGAUGAAUUAAAAUCUCGAAGCACCGUAGGCGUCAGCGACAUCAAGAUAUUGGUAGACUUGAAGCGCUGCUGGUAUGGUAGGUGCUUAGUGCAUUGGGACUGCCCGCUUUUCACAAGCCCGGACAACCCUGCUCUCCCUGGUGGUGUUCUCAACAGUCAAGAAAACAACACAGCCCGUCUAAGCAAGAUCACGAACUCUUUCCAGGAAGGUGGUACUGAAAACGCUUUUCCAAAGAUCCCAUCCGAACAAUUGAGGCGACCAUCUAUUGGGGUCGAAGGUGUACGAAACAUUGAAUAUCCAUCUAUGCAUGCGAGAACAAUAUCAUCGGGGACUUCACGCAGUUUCCCGGGUUCGUCGAGUGAACAAAGCGUCCAAGCACAGUCAUGCUCCUUUCCCGGAAAAAGUGCAUCGAUUCCGAUGAACGCAAUGGAUUCCCGCCAUCCAGUCGUGGUUGUUAUCCAGCCGUCUCACAAUACUCCCACUGGCCCACGUUCUCCGACAACCCCGAGCACCUUCAAAUAUCCGGUCCAUGCUCACAAGCGUAGUGGCAGUUUCUCCGACUCAAUAAGAGAUGACCGUGCUCCACUGUCUAGGGCAUUACCGGACAGACAGGAUCAGGAACAAGCUCUACUGCCAACACCUGAUGGUGGCAAUGGCAGUCUUAUCCGUGGUAAUCUGUUUCCGCCUAUAGAUGCAAGAGUUACAGGAUUUGCACCCCCUUCCCCUACAAUAUCUCAAGCGUCAGAUGGACUACAAGAUCAUCAUGCACGUAGUGCCUCCGAGGGCAAUAUCAAGCCACUGCGAACGGUUAUCGGCUCCAUACGCCGUGCACUGCAUACACGCAACAUAGGUCAAGUCAGUACGGCACAUCCUGCUUAUCCUAAUCCCCGUUCGCAAAGAGGCAAAACCGCCACACUACCCGUCAAUGUGGAGUUCAAAAGCGAUAUCUACAGAGAACGCAGGGCACACCCAAAGCCUGAAAUCCCUUUGAGAGUUGAUUAUAUCUCUGAGCAAAUUGUAAGAGACUACCGGGAAGCUAUUGGCCUUAAUCCUCCGGCGCCUUCCAUUGCAGAAGGUCCGAGUCAACCGAGAAGUCAACCAUCUCAUUCCAAACCACAUCAGACACAUGACCAACAGCGUCUUGUAAGCGAAGUGACUAUGGGGAGUAAGUCGAUUGUCAUAGUUGAUGACACCGGACUUGAUUUACCGGUUGUCUCAGGUGGCCUUGGAUGGCUUGGUCCGGACCAAACAAGCAACGCAAGUUCACAUGCGCUCGUGGCAAGGAAAGAGAGCUCACCUGGUACUAUUGAGGUUCCCGUUGCGGCGUCUUCAGAACUACUCAGGCACGAGGGAAAGAAUCUGAACCUCGCGCCAUUCGAUCUACCUAUACAACGUUUCUCGACAAGCCAGUCAAUCUCCAGUCGUCUUCGGAAGUACGCAUCUUUUCACAGUGGCGUCAGUCACUCUUUUGAUGGGAGUAGUGAGUCUGGCGAGAAAGAAAUCGGCAAAAAGCCAACGAGUCGUCUAUUACGUAGGCGACCAGGAGGCGAUCUGCGUAAGAUCCAAAACGUGCAUGACCUUGCGCCUGAUCAACGCCCACUGUCAUUCGCGACGGAUACCUCUUUAACAGAAUCAUAUACUUCUUCAGUACGUCAGUAUCUCCGACGAAGUUUUUCACGAUCCUCUCAGGCGAGGACUCAGUCAACGCCACCGCGUUUCGACCUUAUUAAUACGCAUUCGUCUCAGCAUCUUCGACCCUCGUUUGAAGCGGCUAUAGCAGAAUUUUCACGUAUCCCUGAUGAUGUUGAUGGCGGAAUUGAAUCGACGUUACUGAAGCUAGAAGGAAAAUGGCCAUCUCCAACACUCUCUGACAGUCGUGCGGAAGGUGAUGGGUAUCAGAACACUUUGACUCGCAAGUUUCAGCAUGAUACCUCGGAUAUUGCUUUAAAAGAAGCAAGCCCUUCAGGUGACCUCCCGAUGAGAUCUGACGAAACAAUAGUUUCUUUCCCACAUUCAGGUCCGCGAUCUCAAGUGGACACUGAUUCGUUCGUGGAGUCGGAGUUCUCAGAUAAUUCGAUUCCUCUUCUAGAAAGGGGUUUAAGCGAUGAUUCCAUGAAAAAGCCAGUUUCUGGCCUUCGUGUACAUUAUAGGACUCAUCAGUCUGCACUUACCGGAAGCGUCAACAACACGGACUCCCCUCGCCCGUCUAUACAGCUGAUUGAUGAUAGGGACCGAAUCCGACAACUCAAAACUAAUAUCGACGAAUACCAUGACGUUGACUCGCACUCAGAGCAGUACGAGAAUGUGGACAGCAGAUCCGAACUAUCAUCUGAACUUUCGGUUGAGUUCAUCGAAAAAGACGACGCUUUAGAGGCAUCGAGCAGCACAGAUUCUCUUGCAACGCAAUCUCUGGAGAUACCCCCUCAUCCUCUUGCGCAUCCUCCUUCGCCACCAAUAACAAUUCCACAGGCGGUAUCGACUACUACUUAUCGCAAACCGCAAACUCCUAUAAACGCCUCGGCAACAUUGACUCCGGGACCAUCCCCUACUCGCAUGGGUGAUCAGUAUAGUGGACGACGUAACUUGGAUGAGAGUGCAGGUAUUGAGCACAAGCUUGGGAGAUUACACAUAGAGACCCCACAAAUGCCAAACCAUUUCCCCUUUGUACUCGCCUACGAUUCUAGGAUACUUGCUCAGCAGUUCACUUUGGUAGAAAAAUCGGCCUUGGACGAAGUUGACUGGAAAGACCUAGUUGAAAUGAAGUGGAACAAUACGUCACCAUCAAUCGUCAGUUGGGUCCAUUUUCUCGCUGAGAAGGAACGUAAAGGAAUUGACAUUGUCGUGGGCCGCUUCAAUCUUAUGGUGAAAUGGGUCCUCUCUGAAAUUGUUCUAACGCGAGAUUUCUCGGAACGCGCUCGAACCAUCACCAAAUUCAUCCAUAUCGCUGCGCACGCGAGACAAAUAUGCAACUACUCAACGAUGCUACAGAUCGCGAUUGCUUUAUCUUCAGUUGACUGCACACGAUUGCAACGGACAUGGGAAUUGGUGAGCAUAAAUGACAGACGGCUAUUGGACAGCAUGGAAUUCCUGAUACAACCCCUGCGCAAUUUUCACGAACUAAGAGUCGAGAUGGAAACAGCGAAUCUUCAGAAUGGCUGCAUUCCGUUCGUUGGCCUAUAUGUUCACGAUCUUACCUACAACGCCCAAAAACCAUCACAAGUUGCGGGAACGCGCGAUGGGGAUUCUCUUGUCAAUUUCGAACGAUAUCGAACCUCGGCUAGAAUUGUCAAAUGUCUCCUCCGUCUCAUCGACGCGAGCAAUAAGUACAAUAUCGAGCCUGUUCCCGGGGUGGUCGAAAAAUGUCUGUGGAUCGGUUCUCUGCCUGAGGAGCAAAUCCAGGCUUACAGCAAAAGCCUAGAAUAAAUGUAUAUUUUGGACCUUUGGUCCCUCGCAUAUCUGCUUGGGCAGAUCAAUGACUGCAUUACAUCGACCACGAUCAUUAGCGUU